AUGGGAUUAGAACCAAGAAAGAGACUUGACGACUAUGUUCAAAUCGGUCGAUAUGUCAUAUUUAUUUGUAUUUUUACCGAAUUGAUAAUCAUUAUUCAAGUUACAUCUCAGUUUUACAUGGUAUACGCUGGUGCUUCUCCAACUGUAAAAAGUUGCAACGGCGAGUCAUUCCCUGCCGACUUAGAAGACAAAGAGAUUUGCUUGCUUUAUCAGAAUAUGAGUUGUCAGCAAACCGAAUUAGCUUACCAGUUUCGUUCUGUCAAUGUUGAGUGGAAAUAUUUUUGUCAAACAUCUAAAACUGUGAAAAACAGUAUAUCCGUUCAAAUGUUCGGAGUGUUAUGUGGUUCAGUAGUAUUCGGUCAAUUGAGUGAUACGUUUGGACGUAAAAUCUCUAUGCUUGUGUCUAUGACUGGUAUGGCAAUCGGUUGGAUUAUGGUAGCACAUUCACAAAGUCUUCUACAGUUUACAGUUUUGAGAACUAUUGUUGGCUUCUUCACUGGUGGAAGUGUAAGUGUAUCAAAUGUAUAUGUUAUGGAGAAUAUUCCUAAAAAACAUAGAAUGUGGAUUAACAUGGCUAUUACUUGGUCUCCUAACAUACCUCUGGUUGCUUUGAUUGCAUAUUUGAGUAAAUCUUGGGACAUGAUGGCUAACGUGACUGCCCUUCUGGCAGUUCCACCAAUCCUCUUCUGUCUGUUCUUAAUUCAUGAAUCCCCUAGAUGGUUAGUAACUAAGGGUCGAGUUGACGAGGCACGAGAAAUCAUUAAAAAACAGUUGAAAACUUCGAACCAAGAGCACUUGUUGGAUGAAGAGUUCGAAGCUGUUUUGCUCAACGAAUAUCAAUUAGCAGUACAAGCUAAUGCCAAAAGAAGACAGUAUUCAUAUUACCACUUGUUCUGCACCUGGAAGCUUGCUUUAACCACUAUCGUGUUGGCAUACAGCUAUUUCUCAACAUCCAUCAUAAACUAUGGAAUCAUGUUCAAUAUGGAGAAGCUUAGUGGUUCCUUAUACUGGAAUUCGGUUUAUACUGGUCUCAUGAGGUAUGCCUGCAACUUGAGCUUCGGGUAUGCUGAUCUCAAGUUUAAAAAAGUAGGAAGAAAAUUCAUUCACACAUCUGGUCAUGUGGUAGUUUUGGGUUCAUUGGGUCUGGUGGUGUUUGCAUACCUUUUCGAUUUGAAUCACCCCCUGAAGGAACAAAUCAGUAUUGCAAUUCUUAUUGCAAGUUCGAUGACAUCACAGAUUUAUAUUGCUGAUGGAAUUGUCGGAACUGAACUGUUCCCAACACCAGUUAGAAACUUAGGAUACUCAUUCCUUCAACUAUGGAAUCGAGCAGGAGUUAUUAUAUCUCCAUUUGUUUUCUAUUUGCAAGAUUACUGGUUGGCUCUGCCUUACUGUGUGAUGCUGAUGUUCUCCUUAGUUGACAUGUUUGCAUUCGAAUGUUUGUUACCUGAAACCAAAGGAUUACCACUGAUAGAGCACAUGCCACCUAAAGAACAAAGAAUAUUCGGACGGAAGAGUACGUUAGCAAAUCAAAGAGAAGCACUAGUUGUAGAACAAGCGUGA